AUGGAUGUUCUUAAGGAAAAAUUCGACUGCCACCGUCAAAUCUGCAUGCGUCACUGGGACUUGAUUUUCGACUAUCCGGAGAUAACUAAGGAAACACCCGAAGCUAUAGACGAUCUUAUCGAGACAGUCAAGACGACUCUGCUAGGGACCGAACCACAGAAAACGGACUCAUUGACAUCGCCUCCUUUUGAACCAUUGCAGCACGACUUGUUAGUCACAGCGCAGGUCAACAUCUUGAACAAUGAAUGUCAACCAUUUCGUUGUAGAGCUCUGCUAAACACCGGCUCUAGCAUGAACUUUGUCACCGAAAGGCUCGCUAACUCAUUAAAACUCAAUCAACUGAAAUGUUCGGUCCCAAUCGGAACACUCAACACGUUAUCGACGACCUCGAAACGCUACAUCACGGCCACGAUCACCUCCAUUGACGGCACAUACGAACGCAACUUGACGUUUCUAAUGAUACUGACUAUCGCGUCUUGGGUCCCAAAUCAACCCGUAGAUCGCUCAACAAUACAGAUACCUGGGAAUCUCCAAUUAGCCGAUCCAGGAUUCCAUAGACCUGCUCCGAUCGAAAUAUUGUUGAGCGCCGGACCAACACUAGCAUCACUCUGUGUCGGCCAACUUGAUAUCAGUCAAGCAAACGGGCCCGACUUGCGUCUGCAAAAAACGCGAUUCGGAUGGGUCAUCGGGGGGAGCCCAACCUCGCAAUCAUUAGCAUACGCAUUUCACGCCUCCACGACGGCUUUACAGGCGGACCUCGCCCGUUUUUGGGAAAUCGACGAGGGACCGCCCACCGCACACAUUUCGGAAGCGGAACGACAGUGCGAGGAGCACUUUCGAAAUCACGUUCAACGUACCAACGAAGGGCGAUACGUUAUCGCUCUCCCAUUCAACGAAACAACUCUUCCGCUUGGAUCCUCGAAAGCCAUGGCAAUGAAGCGACUCACUUCCCUCUGCCGUCGAUUCCAACGAGACAAACAAUUCGAAGCCGACUAUCACGCCGUAAUAGAAGACUACUUGGAAUUAGGACAUAUGACGAAGAUUACCACGGACCACUGCACGGACGACGGAUAUUUUCUGCCACAUCACGGCGUGAUCAAAGAAUCCAGCCGGACCACAAAACUCCGAGUUGUGUUUGACGGAUCUGCACCAACCACCACCGAAGUUUCAUUAAACGACGUACUUCAUACGGGACCGAAACUACAAGACGACAUAUUUCUUAUCCUUUUAAGAUUUCGUUUUCAUCAGUACGUCAUUACAGGCGAUGUCGAAAAGAUGUAUCGACAAUUUCUUGUGCGUCCAGGGGAUCGGAAAUUCCAACAAAUUUUGUGGCGCAACUCUGAUGGAGAAGUUGACACCUAUCAACUUAACACAGUGACAUUCGGGCUGUCAGCGGCCCCCUAUCUAGCCAUUCGGUGCCUCAAACAACUGGUAGACGACGAGGGACAUCGAUACCCAUGA